ACUGAAUCCACCAUACAGUGCUAAAACGUGCUCUCUAUUACAUACACAUUUUCUUCCCACCUAACAAUGUCAGCUCCUCAAGGACCACCUUCAUACGCUUCUCAACCCACCGGAAAAUGGUCCACCGGCCUCUUUGAUUGCUUUGAAGAUUUCUCCAAUUGUUGUAUUACCUGCUGUUGUCCCUGCGUCACCUUUGGUCGCACUGCUGAGAUCGUGGACAGAGGUCAAACAUCUUGUCUUUGCGGAGGGGUAAGCUAUUACGCCCUUUGCCAUUUAGGUUGUGCAUGUUUGUACACAUGCACAUACCGAACCAAACUGAGAGCCUUGUAUUCGUUGCCCGAAGAUCCGUGCGGGGAUUGCUGUGUCCAUUUUUGGUGCACUGCUUGCGCGCUUUGUCAAGAGUACCGCGAGCUCAACAACCGUGGAUUGGAUCCUAGAAUAGGUUGGAUAGCCAAUGCUCAGAAAAUGAAUGUUGGAACCACAACGCCUCCAUUUGUUGCACCUGGCAUGACUCGCUAAGGCUUCGAUCUAUAUAUUGCGGUUCUUCAUUCAUCGAUGCUUGUUUUCAAUCUGUCGCUAGUUGCUCUUCUUCUUUUUCUUUUCUUUUAGUGUACGUAAAACGGCGUGUGUUUGGUUUGUGGUUUUGUAUGCUAUUAAUUAAAAGAAUAAAUGUUUAUUAUUGCCAUUGAAUGGGUAAUGGUGUUAAACGGAGGAUUUUUCUUUUUUGUUAUUUUGACACUACCAGUAAUAGUAUGGUUAACUAUCUUGUGGAUCGA